UGUUUAUAGAAACCUGGCAAGAGCUGCUCUCCACCACAGAGGAAGAAGCUGCAGCAGGCGGUCGACAUAAUGAGUCGUUGGCGUCGUUCAGUGGACGAGCUGGCGGCACGGCGGCGACAGCAUGAAUGUGAGCGCGCUCAGGAUGCACUCAGUCGGGUCACUUCAUGUUUCCAGCAGCUGGUUGCGUUGGUCGGUAGCUCAGCCGACGGCAGCUUCCUGCGAGAUGAGUUGGAUGAGACGAGAGCUGUGGCUCACCGGAUCUGCAGUGGGCUGUCCUGCCGGCUGCUGCGCUCGCUUUCAAACUCUGACUUUGCCCCCUCAGGUGUGCAGGACAGGCAGGUUUUGGAGCGUCUGUGGGUUCUCUUCCUGUCAGCAUUGGAGCACUUCCUGUAUGACCUGCGUAAGGCCUGUGACCUAAUUGGGCAGUUCCCCCUGACUGAGCACAGCAACAGGCGCUCGCUGGUCAACACAGUGCCCCGCCCUCAGGACCUGUCUCAGAUGUUGCGGCCUCAGCCAGGUGUGCGUUCUGUCCCUCACACCAGCCGCUACACCUCUGAGGACAGAACCCCACCCUCUGGAAGUCUCUCCCAUACGAGCAUCACACCGCCCAUCACUGGAGUCCUUCAAAACUACCUCUUCAACCUGCACCUUUUUCCUGUUGUUGUUCUUUCUGACUCUAUAAAGUGUCCUGGGCAUGAGGCCACACAGGCUGAGCUCAGACCUGAUGAACUUCCUGUUACUUGA